AUGGUAUUACGGAGUGCAUAUCACAUCCGCAACGCCAACGCCCGCACUGGCGUAGAUGCGCUAAGUGGAGACCAAACACUCUUUGCUCCUUCCUCGAUUACCUUCGUCACCCACCUCCCCGGCGUCACCUUCCAUCCCUAUCUCGCUCGCACGCGCCACCUGCGCAGCCGCCAACGCCGCACCGAUCACACACUCGUCUUUGACCUCGUCCCGAGACCGUUCUUGCCUCUUUCGCUCACCUUUUCAUACACACAGCCUCCACCUUUGCGCCUGCCUUUUCUCGACAUUCCUUCCUCUGCCUCGCUUCCCUCGCGCCCCACCUGGUACCUCGCCGCUGCUAGCCGACUUCCGCCAACAUCGUAUACCCCUAACCUCUCGGUGCCUGCCGACUCUCUCCUCGGCCAAGACUCGUCUGGGCUACGUCGCUUGCUUCGCAACCUUUCUCCAGACACACGCGCCUAUCGCAAAGAACGCCCACCAACCGCGACGCUGGCAGUCAUGGCGGCGAUCAUAAGGAAGGUGUACGAGUGGUGGUUAAGGACGUUUUGGGCUAUGGAAAUGGACGUCACCAUGCUUGGUCUCCAAAAUGCAGGCAAAACGUGCCUGCUAAACGUAUUAUCGGGUGGUGACUUCACCUACGAUACCAUCCCCACGAUCGGCUUCAACAUGAAGCGGGUGCAGAAAAAUAACGUUUCCAUUAAGUGCUGGGACAUAGGGGGCCAGCCUCGGUUCCGGCCGAUGUGGGAGCGAUACUGCCGUGGCGUCAACGCUAUUCUCUUUGUUGUUGAUAUUGCCGAUGUCGAGAAGCUCCACGCUGCACGGGAGGAGCUGCAUUCCAUUAUGGAGCAAGAGUCGCUCGAGGGGAUCCCCCUUUUGGUGCUCGGCAACAAAUCCGAUCUCGAGGUAAAAGUUUCCGUCGACGAGCUCAUCGAUGCGCUGGACCUCAAGGGCAUCGACCACCGUGAGGUCUCUUGUUAUGGCAUCAGUGCCAAAGAGGAGACAAAUCUGGAAGCCGUUCUUUCUUGGUUGGUGAAGCGCGCAAACGAGUUGCAAAGAUAA